AUGUUUCGGUGUCGCAUGAGUAGCUUGAUCUUGCUAAGACCAUUGUCAACAUACUAUGGAAUUCACCAUCCUCGCGUGUUUCCCCUCACGCCACUUUUGGCGAUCGGUUUCCGAUACAGUAGUUCUCUCGGUAGCCCCACCCCAAGCACCAGCGGUAAGGGUCGUGAAGGCAAUCAGGAUCUCAAUGGAUCAAACCCGCCAAGAACCAGUGGGUCCAACUCUAUAGAUGGGGAGCCCCCUCGCAAAGGGAGCGACAACUCGGCACCGCAGGGAUUACAAGAUGAAGGUAAAGCUAAGGGGUCAUCACCCUCCGCGGGGGGUAGCAGCGGUGUGUCUGGUCAAGGCGAUUCCUGCCCAGACCUCAAGAUUACUUUAUCCGGAGACAACGUCAGCAUUCCAAAGGGAUUUGAAUCCUUCUAUGGGAAGCCGCUGCUGAUGAAAAUGCCACCACGACACAAGCGAAGCGAUUCUAUUACGCGCGCCUAUGGCGUGUUGCCAGAGGAGCGCAUCAUCAUUAUGGAGAUCGAAACGCGGAUGAGGGUCUUGAGGACGUUGCGCAACUUUUUGAUCUUCUCAGGGGCAUUGAUAGCCAUAACCCUAUACCGUUGGUACAUGGAGGACAGCAAUCAGCGUGCAGACAUCACGGACUACAAGACCGUAGUUGUUAAUGUGCAGCGGCAUACGGCAACGUUUCUUAACGAUCGGGGUCGAAUAGUGGGUGUUCGUCACUUUAUUGAUUUUAGUGAAUUCGAAAAGACAUGCAAUCCGGAUAGCGAUAUCUUGCUGGAGUUUUCAUCUUACUUCCCAUGGGUGCCGAUGUUGCUUUUGUGCCUCAUGCCCCUCUUGGCUGUAGUGAACGCGAAAUUCAAUGGUUCGGCCAAGAUGGCCACGAUGAUGGCGCAAAUCGAAAAGAAACGAUUCAACUUUAAGCGUGAGACCUUGGUGAAUACGCGGCUCAGUGAUGUAGCGGGUUUGACAGAGGCGAAACAUGAGGUGUUGGAGGUCGUUGACUUCCUUAAGAACCCCAAGCAAUAUCAACAACUCGGGGCGAGGUUGCCUAAGGGUGUGCUGUUGGAUGGGCCGCCUGGGGUCGGCAAGACCCUUUUGGCUAAGGCUGUGGCUGGUGAAGCGAUGGUGCCGUUUGUGAGUUGUUCUGGAAGCGAAUUUGACGAGGUAUACGUCGGUGUUGGUGCUCAGCGCGUUCGCGAACUGUUUCGGGAGGCAAACAAGUGCAAGCCAUGUGUCGUCUUUAUCGACGAAAUCGAUUCCUUUGGGCGAAAGCGGCGCUCUGACAGCGGUGGCAAUUCACGUGGAACGCUGAACGCGUUUCUUUCAGAGUUGGAUGGCUUCAAGGAUUCUUCUGGAAUCAUAGUGCUAGCAGCCACGAACCGCGCUGACAUCUUGGACAAUGCUUUGACGCGGUCGGGUCGCUUUGAUCGCAAAGUAUCGCUUGAGAAACCCUCUCACAAGGACCGCGUGGCCAUUGCUAUGGUGCAUUUACAGCCGCUGCGUCUAGAGCCCAGCACUAAACCUCAGGACUAUGCCGAGAUCAUCGCAGCUUUGACGCCAGGCUGCAGCGGUGCGGAUAUCUUUAAUAUCUGCAACGAGGCUGCCAUACACGCCGCACGCGAGGCGCAGGAGUACGUCGCGACGAAACAUUUUCACGCUGCUGUGGAGCGGGUGUUGAUGGGUCUUGAAAAGAGCGCGGUCAGGUAUACACCGAGCGAGAAGGAGCGUAUCGCCUACCAUGAGGCAGGCGUCGUGGUGUUGAAUUGGUUCCAGAAAGAGACCGAUCCGGUUAUCAAAACGACCAUCCUUCCGCGCGGGCAGCACCGCACCGGCGUCACGCAGAUGCUCCCGAAAAGGGCUUACAUCUCGACUGAAGAACAGUUAUUGCAGCGCAUCGUAGGGAUCCUAGGUGGCUACGUCGCGGAGGAAUAUUUUUUUCAUGAUGUAUCCACCAGCGCCGCGAAUGAUUUACAGAAUGCGACCAAGCUGGCGCUAGAGAUGGUGUGUACCUAUGGUAUGGACCCCAAGAAUAUUGGACACUUUGGCUACGAGCUGAACCGUGACGAUGCAAUUCAAAAGCCGUUCGGAGAGGAGAAAGAGAAUGCUGUAGACGCUUCGGUGGAGCGCAUUGUGCAAGAGUGUUUGUGCCGCGCGCGUGCACUUUUGCAGGAGUAUCAUCACCACGUUCGUAUCAUUGGAGGGCUGCUUAUACAACAGGAAACGCUCAAUGCGCAUAAACUGUGGUUUGCAUUAGGGGAUCGACCGACCAUGUCAGAGGAAUUUCAAGUUUAUCUGGAGAGUUAA